AUUAGACAACUUCGGGAAUAUAAAUACUGCAAGCUCGUGUUGUCUGUCUUCGUUUUAUAUCAGGGUGCAAGGCAACGCAAGCAUUAGAUGAGCGACCAUAAUAUUGCGCAAUCGUCAUACAGCGCGGGAAAAGAGGGUCACAGGUACAGGACAGAUCUCAUCUCAUUCAGACUUGCAUCCCUGAAAGUCCGUAUCAAAAAGACGUGACAGGCAGUCCUACGAUUCGAGCCAUAGCUAACCAACUAAACCUCAACUGUUGACACCAGAAACAUGCCCCCAAGAAAAAGGGCACGUGGCCCUAAAAAUACCACUAAAGCUGUCCAACCUGCCUCAGACAACGAGGACAAUUCUGAUACACCUAUUCAGAGGAAAGGCAAACGGAAAAUGGCAACCGCGAGCAAGUCCAAAGGGAAAGUUGCGAGUUCUGAUGUUAAAGACUCACCUGGCAAAGCAUCCUACUGUCACUGGCUGAUGAAGUCUGAACCUGAAAGCAGAUUUGAGAACGGGAUAGAUGUAAAGUUUGGAAUAAAAGAUUUAAAGGCCCUCCCCGAUCAGACAGGAUGCUGGGAUGGCGUCAGAAAUUAUCAGGCUCGUAACUUCAUGCGGGACAUGAAGGUCGGUCAGCAGGCUUUCUUCUACCACAGCAACUGCAAAGAACCGGGCAUUGCAGGCCUCAUGACGAUUGUUAAAGAGGCCUAUGUGGACCACACCCAGUUUGACAAGAAAGACGUGCACUACGACGCCUCGAGUAAACCGGACAACCCUAAAUGGAGCAUGGUGGACGUGCAGUACGUGAGGAUGCUGAAGCGCUUCGUGCCACUGGCCGAGCUGAAGAAGCUCCAUCAGGAGCACCGGGCCACGGGCGGCCCUCUGAAGGACAUGGCACUCUUCACCAGAGCCAGGCUGUCUGUGCAGCCGCUCACAGCAGAGGAAUUCAAUUUUGUUUUGAGUUUGGAAGAGAAAGACCCACUCUGAGACUACUACACAACUACUGAACAGAAACAAACCAGUUACAUUCUGGACACUAAGAAGAUACUAUACAACCAGGACUAAGUAUUCUAUAUUGUUUUAUAUUUAAUAAAGUUUUCUGUAGUUAA